AUGCUUCAGAAAUCUGAAGCAGAAUAUCUGGCCAGCUGGAAAAGUGAGAGCCGGCAGUGCCCAGAGGAGCCACAAGCCCCCCCAUCCAGAAGUGGCCACAGCGAGCUGGCAGCCUGCGGCACCGCCACAGCAGAGAGCUCUGAGCAGCGCCGGAGACCCCGCCAGAGGCUUCGGCACAGACAGUGCAGCGACCCUGGCACAGCUGGGCUUCCCUAUCAGCGACCACACCUCGGCCAGCCCCGCGCCGGACCGCCCCGACAAACGGCCCAGAGCCGCGAGCACCCGCCGGAGGCUGUACGGGAGCCCCGGGUGCCAGACUGUCAAGGCCCUCAGCACAGUACGGCACAAUGGAAAAUUAUCUGCCGUGGUCCACCAGCGUACGUGCCAAUACCGGGCACCCAGGCCGGGCUGUUUCCCCGCGUUGGUGCCGACGCCAGCAGCCGUCCCGCGCCGGCGGUGACCGCUGAACGUGGGGACAGUCUGGCCGCCGGGGCACAGCCCGGACCCCGCGGCGCCUUCCCGCCGGACCCGUCGCCAGCGAAGCACCGCGUGCUGGGACGGCCCGGCCGCCGCACCCAGCCCGGAGCCGCGCUCCCGGCUCCGCACCGCGGCCCGGCCCGCGCCCGCUGCCCAAGGAGCCAGCCCCGCACGGGAGCAGCCCGGCGGCCCCGGACUGAGCGGCGGCCCCGGGCCUGCACGCACGGGGCGGCUCCAGCAGCGGAGCUCCGGACGGCGGCGGCCGGGCUGGGAGGCGGCCUGGCUGCCCUUCGGUCUCCCGCGGCGGCGGCUCCGGCUCCGGCUGUCCCCGCCGCAGCUCCGAGCGCGGCCUCCCGGCUCCCCGCUCGCGCCCGGGGACCGCCGGGCCCGCACAUGCCCGCCAGCAGCGCCCUAAGCCUGGGGCUGCCUAGCGGCUGCGGCCCCACCGGUCGCCCCGGCCCCAGCCCCUCCGCCGCCCGGGUCCCGUCCGGCAGGGCCGCCCCAGCUGUCAAACCGCGGCCGCCGGCCGGUCGAGCCACCCCAGGCCGAUGCCGGUCCCACGCCCUUACCGCGCGGCCUGCCCGCUCCGCUCCGUCCCGUCGGCAGCCGGGCCCGUCUGUCGGCGGCGCCGCGUCACGCCGCGGGGCGCCCGGAGCGCCCGCCCCGGAGCCGGGCCCGGCCCAGGCAGGGGCGGCCGGGGCGGCCGGCGGGGCCGCUUGUUUACGCCGCGCAGCUGUCAGCGCCGCCCGGCCCCGCCCCGACGGCCGAGCCACCGGCCCCGCGCGGCUCCCUCGGCUCGGCACGGCCCGGCCCGGCCCGGCCGCCGCUCUGCCGGGCGCCGCCGGAUGCCGUCACCGCCGCCCGCCCCUCCGUCCCGUGCUGCAUCGCCGGGUCCGGCACGGACCCCCGGCAGUCCCUCCGCGCCGCCCGCCACCGAGCGUGGGGCUGUCCUUGCCACCCGGGGGAAACCCUAUGCCAGCCCAGGCGGGAAACCCGGAUCUGCGCCGUGAGAGCCGUGAGCCCCCGCCACGGGCCCGCGGCAGUGACCGGCGGUGUAAGGGUGCCUGCAGUGAAGAGCACGCAGAAGAUGCCCAGUCUCCCGCCUGGUGCAGCAAGUGCCCAGCUGCCAACUGCCAAGCGCUGCAGAGCCAAGAUAGCAGCAGCCACUGCACUGGGGAAAGGGAACGUGGGGCAAAAGACCUCACAACACUUUACCACACCCACGCCAGGGGGACUCCCGGGAGCUGCCCCAGCCUUGCCGAGCAGCACGGCGGAGCUCCUGCCCCGCCGCAGCCUCCCGGCGCUGGCCAGGCCGGACGCUCCGGGGCCGACGGCGGGGCAGGAGCUCUCUGUCCCUGCUGGAGCCGGCUGGCAGCGGGCAGAGCAGGGACACUGCCCUCCCGGCUGUCGGGAGCAAGGGCGGCCGCCGCAGGGAGGAGCUGCACGGCUGCAGCAGCGGCCGCGGCCACCGGGCCCCGCUCCGCCCCGAGCGGCCGCGCGGGCAGCGGGCACGGCGCAGCCCCCCCGGCCCCGCUGUGCGCCAAAGCGAGCGGCGGUUUUCUCCGGCUCUGGAGGGCGGUUCGGCACGGGAAUGUGCCGGGGAACGUUCCCCCGGUCACCGAGCUGCGGGUGACCCUGAGCGCUCGGUGUUCCGGCAGCGGCCGGUCCAGCUCCAGCCCCGCACGGAGCGCUCCCUGCACAGAGGAACGGCCGGGCCUGCAGAGUCCCGGCGCCGUUCAGACACGGCCGGAGGCGCCAGGCGAGUCGCCCCCGGGCGAGCAGCAGAGCGCUAUCGCGGCGCUGCCCGGUGCCCCCGCCGGCCGAUGGCCGCUCGGCCGGUGCCUCGCCCUGACGCCCCUUCGGGGGUAA